AUGGUGAAACCGCUGAGGGUUGCUGACAUGGCCACCACGCUGCUCGAAGUACCAGGGUUCAACGCUACCCCUCCACCCUCGUUGUUUUUGCGACGUCCAUACAGAUAUCGUUCGGUGGGCGGUAGUGGGCAGCAUCGACGUGAUCGCCGUCAUCAUCGCGAGAGCGACGCGAGCAGCAUGGCGGCGGGCGUGCCCCCAGUGUUCAACCUGUUCAUCAUUAACAAGUCGGGCGGCCUCAUAUACUACAAGCACUCGUCUCGCUCGUCCAUGACGCAUUCUAUCGUUCCACCUUCUCGUCCCGCUGCAGAGCUCUGCUCGGCGCGUCACCGCUCCAUGCAAGAGGUUGCCGUGGAUGGGGGACACCGCGCACGUUGCCGUGGAUGGGGGACACCGCGCACGUUGCCGUGGAUGGGGGACACCGCGCACGUUGCCGUGGAUGGGGGACACCGCGCACGUUGCCGUGGAUGGGGGACACCGCGCACGUUGCCGUGGAUGGGGGACACCGCGCACGUUGCCGUGGAUGGGGGACACCGCGCACGUUGCCGUGGAUGUUGGACAUCGCGCACGUUGCUCACUCUCCUGUCCCACCCCUAUGUUGGAAUAUACGCGUUUAGUGUAUAUACGCGACUUUGGGUCGUUGAACCGGCUGGACACCAACGACUCGCUGCGCCUCGCGUCCACGUGGCACGGGCUGCACGCCAUCGCCAUCUGUCGCCCAUCCCCAACGGUGGCGGCAUAGAGAUGCUGGAGGCAGGCACCUUCGACCUGCACUGCUUCCAGACGCUCACAGGCACCAAGUUCUUCAUAGCCACGGAGGUGGGCUUCACGGGGGCGCCCACACUGCUCGCAAUCAUCUACGACCUCUACACCGACUAUGUGCUAAAAAACCCUUUCUAUGAGUGUCAUGCAUUUGUUGUAGUGUCAAUGCGUGUCCGCUCCCCACCCCCGCCACGUCAUGCACACCAGGUGGAGAUGCCCAUUCGCUGCGACCUCUUUGACCUGCAUCUGCCUGCUGCCAUCCGCAAGGACCGCUCUCUGCUUGCCGCUGGGGUCGUCGUGCCCAGCCGAUCAUAG